AUGCAAAGUCUUCUUCGGUGCAUACGCGAAAGGGCCAACAACGGCCCCCUAGGAAGCGAGCACGGGAAGCACGGCGAAGGAGGAACAGCAGUGCUCUUCUCUUCUUGCCGGCCGUCAGUCACAUCCGGCCGAAAGUUUUCCACCGGAGACGACCCCCAACGUCCAACGAAUAACGUUUUUUUCGUGGACUGGCGUCGUUCACGGCCGGACGCUUCACCAUCGCUCGGUUCUUCUCCCAAGGACCGGCGCUCCGCCCGGCGUUGAGCAGCAGGAUGUCGAUCACUCCCGAGGAUACGUCUCCAGCGGCCCAUGUGCGCGCGUCCCUACACAGCCUAGCUGCUGGGUCGGAAAUAGCUCGCUCCCAGGAUGAGUUGAUGGAUGCCAUCGCAGUUGUACCGCCCGACCUUGUCGCGGUGCGAAACAUUCUGUCCACCAUGCGGGAAGACCUUCGAAGGCCAGUUCUACUCUACCCGAGCGCCAGCACGAGGCACAAGCUUCGAACCCCGCUGAUGGCAGCGGCCGCGACAGGCCAGAUGCCGAUCGUCGGUGUUGUUCUUGCUGCUUUCGGAGACGUUUUCAUGGAGGGUGAGGUUAAAGAAAACAUGGUGAACGCCAGAAUGAAGGGGAUGCAGAAACAGCUGGACAUGGUAGAUGUGGAGGGAAUGACAUUGCUGAUGCACGCUUGCUCCACCUCUAGCUCGGCCGUCUUUCAAGCAUUGUCGAAGACUGUCCAACCCUCACAGUUUAGGGAGGUCAUCAGGGCCACGGAUGCGCACGGAAUGACGAUUUUACAUCACGCCGUCAACGGCAAUGGCAACGAGCAAGCUGCGGCCCGUUCCACCACUACUGAUCCCUUGCAAACUGCACCCCCGAAAGAGCGCCUACCGUCGGCCGGCGCCGGGCGGGGGGGGAGCACACAAACCGAACCUCCGCCAACAGCGGGAGAGAGUCUCGCCACAGUGACGGAAGGCGGGGGCCCCGCAGAGGGCCUAGCAAGUGAGGAGGUACCGUUCGUCCUCGAUCCGCGGCUGCCGGUGAUACAGGCCGUGCUGGAGUUUGCCAGAGCGAACUUGUGGAUGCCCGAGUACCGCAAGCUACUCGAGGCCCGGGACGGAUGGCACAGAAGCAUCAUCGAGCACGCAAUCAUGUCUGGACGGACCCAGAUUUUCGAAACGAUUUUCAACGCGUUUCGCAGGGAUAUUCACGAUGAGAAGAUCGACCUCCUCCUAGACCCGGGGGUUGAAACUAGCCAUGCGCAGACCUCUCUCAGGAGAGCGACGAAUUCUCAGGAGGGAACGCCCAUGGCACAGCUAGUUCAAGAGAAGACAACGAGCCUGAAGUCCGACGUAAGCAAGCGGAAGGAUGACUCCACGGUCGCCGCCAAGAUCCAAGCCUUCAUUCCGGGAAACCUUAUCGUGAUCUUCCAGCUUUUGCUGCCUGAGUUCGAUGAGAGCGGGGACGGCCCGCUAUACCUUCUGCUUGUCCUCUGCUUCAUAGCUCCGUUUUGGUCGUGGGGCGUCGCCAUGAGCGUGAAGCGGGAUCCCGAAAUCACCAACACAAGGGCGAGGCAGACCGCGGCCAAGUACUUCCUCGCAAUUCCCGCGAUGUUCUUUUGGGGUGUGGGAACGAGCAAAAUUGCGCCCAACUCCUUCAACUGGGCGGAGUCAGCGAGUGCGGCAGCGCUGGCUGUCGCGACCAUCGUCAUCCCCGCGCUUGAUACGUAUUUCUCCGGCCGCGGCGCCCGCGCCACCGUCUCAGUGGUUACCAUCUUUUUCCUGAACCUCAUGAGUCGCACGAAGGGCAAGAUCACCAGAGCAACCGAUAGAUCCAAUCAGCUCUACGGGCAGGAUGACGACAUCGCAAGUCAGAGGAACUUCCAUUCAAAACCCCCGCCUUACCGUUCCUUCGUCAACACCGACCCCCGCACAACGGGCACUCACACCAUGGACGCCGACCAGACGCCAGCAAUCAGACCUGCUCCGCUGCGUACGGCCGACGCCGGGGGAAGCCCAAGAUCCCAACGAAGCAAGUCUAGCAAAUCGCCCGUGGGGAGUAUCUGGGGAGACGAUGGGGAUGCUGGGGUAGUGUAGUUGUAGGUUGGCGUGGUUAUGGUGAAUACCAUCUCGGAUUUGUGUAGGUGUGUGGGGAUUAGGCUGCCUUAGGUCUUAAGAGGUGUUUGUCGGCCGGACGUGGGGCUCGAAAAUGGUGAAACUGCUUGUUGCUAGUCGGGGAUAGCUUCCAAGAUCCCAAACGAAUGUUCAUGACAAGGAACACCGGUCGACAAAGAUGGCUCCUUCGUAAUUUGGCCAUAAUCACAAUGGCCAGGAGAUGCCGAAGUACAGGUCGUCCGAGCAUUUCGGUUCGUCCUCCUUGCGCGAUGUAACUCCCUAGACUGUCGACGAUCAAGCUGGUCUCUGUGUUAUUUUACCCUAGCACGCACAGCACAAAGUUUUAGUCUGUAGCCGGCGUGUAGAAGUUGCUGUCAGGUUAAAAAGAGUCCGGCAAUGCUACCCGGUCGUGUGCAUUUUGUCUUUGUGUGUCGUGGUGAGGUUGCUCGUUGUUGUUGGAAUGCCCAUGCUAGAACCCCUAGGCAGUCACUGCUGCAGUAAUGCUCGUACCAUUUGCCCCUUCUUUAGCGUAGUACGUCGUCGGCGUCUCUUCGUAUGUUCACAUGAGGUUGCUCGUUGUUGUUGGAAUGCCCAUGCUAGAACCCCUAGGCAGUCACUGCUGCAGUAAUGCUCGUACCAUUUGCCCCU